AUGAGCAAGGUUCAAUUCAUGGAUCAAUUACUAAGGGAUUUCAGAGAAGUCAGUGCUGUUCAAAAUAAGUCAUCUGUUAAUGAGUCUUUUUUGAAGGAGGAAAGCACGGGUCCUUAAAUAAUACUAACUAAUAAUAAGAAUCGAUUGAAGUUAAAGGAAUACAGCAAAAAGUUAAGCCACUACAAAUAAGAAAUGGUAAACGUAUCAAAUCAGAUUGAUUUGGAGUAUGCAAGAUUCAAAGAAUCCAAAAUAUCUAUGGCCACAAUCAUAACAAGAGAGAUUAAUAAAUUAUAAAAGCAAGAUGAAGAUUAAAUUAAGGAAAUGUUAACUUUUGUAAGAAAAUUGAUAGAAUUCAAUCAGAAGAUUACACUAGAAAUUGAAAAUGUGUUUGAAAAUCAAUAAACCGUGUCUGUUUAAGAAGUAGAGGCUGCUGCUCAGGUGUUCCAAGAAGUAGAACAAUAAGUGCUUGCUUUGAAAGAGAAGAGAUUAGAUCUUGGGUCAAUGGACUUUAAGUUAUUGUCCAUGAAUGAGUAUAAUAGAAUGACCUUAUAAUUACAGGAAUAGAAACUUAACUCCUAAGAAUAAUAAAAUAACCUAUUUAGAAAUGAGUAGAAGAUUAAUUUGAUGUUGAGUCAAUAAUUAGAGGAAAAAAAUUAAAUCAUUUAAUAGUUGCAGAACAAUUCUUCAUGGGAAUAAUGGAGGGAUCUUGAAUAGAUGAUAUUCAAUCAAUUAGAGAGGUUUCGAAUUCCUUAGCCAAAAUCAAAUGGAAAUUUAUUUAAUUAUGUGUUCGAUCAUUUGGAUUAAAUGCUUUAUAAUCAAGAAUGUGAAAUUAAAGACUUACAAAAUUAGAUUUUCAAAUAUUAGAAGGAAAUUGAUGAAAUAAAAUAAGAAAAUGAAAUUAUAAUCAAGGAAAAUAAACAGAUCUAAAACUAAGUCAAAUAACGAAUUGAUGAGAAACAUAAUGAAAAAUUGCAACUUUAAGAUGAAAUGAAGAAUAUUCUUAAUAACAGCAUUGAAAUUGAAAAAGAGAAUUAAGUAUACAAUAAUCAAUUGCAAAUAGCAAUACGAAUUUGUAUAAGGAAUUACAGAAAUACAAGAAUGAUGUGGAUGAAUUAAAUGACAUCAGAAUUAAAUUAGAGGAUCAAUGUGAAAAACAUUUAUUAAUCAUUGAAUAGACUCAAUAAAUAAAAUAAUGAAUUGGAAUCAAUUUUAUAUUAGUCCAAAAAUGAUGAAAGUGAUGAAAUCAAAUAAUACAUUCAAUUAUCCAAAUCUCAAUCGAGUAGAAUUUAACAAUUAGAAACCGAAUUAAAUUCUACGUAAUUGUAGCAUUCAAAACUAUUGGAUUAACAAAAAGAAUCAGAUAAUUUGUUGAAAUAAUUAAGAGAUUAGGUUUAAGAUCUUCAAAAAUAAAUUAGCUGUCAAGAAACUGAAAUUAAGAAAUAAUUAAAGUUGAAUGAUGUAUUAUAAAAAUAAUUGAAAGAAAGUUAUGAGCUUAGUAAUACACAAAAUUCAGAUCUAAGAGAAAUUGAUGAGGACAUUAAAUAUUAAAUUAAAUACAAUGAAAUACAAAAAGAAUAUAAAGAAUAUAAAGUGUAAACAGAAAAUAGAUUAAAAAAAGUACUAACAUAAUCUUAAGAAUUAUAAUAAAAGGUUUAGAUAUAAGACUAGGAAAAAUUGUUAGAGAGCCAUAAAAUGAUUGAGAAAGAAACAACUUUAAAGAGCGAGAAUCAAAUUUUAAAUCAAAAAAUCAAUUUGCUAUAAGAAUAAUUGAAAUAGUAGGAAUUAAAUUAUUUGAAUGAAAUUAAAGUUACUAAACUAGCGUUAGAUUAAACAUAAUUAUAAUAUCAAUAACAAUCUUAAUUAUUUGAUAAGUUAAAACUUUAAGCCUCUCAAUUGGAAUAAGCGGUUUUGGAAAAAGAAGCACUGAUUUAGGAACUUUAAUAGGAACUAGACAGUAAUUCAGCUUAAUACGAAUAAUAAGCUAAUGAAGUUCAAUUAGAAUACAAUUCUAUUAUUGAAGAAAAAUAAUCAUAAAACUAACAAUUUUAAUAGACAAUUUCGAAUCAAAAGCAUGAGAUUAUGCUUUUAUAAAGAUAAAUUGAUCAAUUAGAAUUUUAGAAACAAUAAGAUUUAUUAUAAUACAAAAUUGAAAAUGAUAAAAAGUCUCUUCAAUUUGCAAAAGAAUUAGAGUAGGUAAAGGAUGUGUUAAAUUCUUCUAUGAGCUUUUAGUAAAUAAAAGAAAGCGAGAAAUCCUUUUAGAAAAAAAUGUAAUAAGUUUAGGAAACAUCAAAUAAAUCAAUAGUUCAAACAUAAUAAAAAUAUGAAUAAAUUAUUUAAGACUUAGUUUAAUAAUAUGAUAAAUAGAUAAAUUAUCUGCAAGACUAAUUAAACCUUUAGAAUAGGUUGGAUUACUAAUAAACUCGCAAUAGUUAAAAACCUCCUAGAGCUUAACAUAAGAGUCCUAAUUGUUAUACAAACUCUCCAGCUUCCUCCAUUUAAUAAAGUUUUUACAGAGAAGUGGCUAAAUUUUCAAAAGAUUUAGAUGAUUCUUAAGAGUCAAAUACUUAAAAAAGGCCGACUGGGAUCAUUAAAAAAAACAAACAUAUAUUUAUUGAGGAUGAUAAUAAUACUAGUUAGGAAUAAGCAUCUUCAGUUUAAAACUAUAGCAGUUCAGGAAGAGCAUAAAUAACUGAUCAUGCUGUUCAAACAGAGUAAUAAAAUGAAGAUAUCUUCCCUCCUUUUGAUCAUAGAAUAUGUUUAAGGUGUAAGAAAAACGAUAUGAUUGCUCCAAACUUUUGUAAAUUCAAGGAAGUGAAUCAGUUUACAGAUCUAAGCAAUAGUUAAGGAAGUGCAAGUAGAUUAAAAUCUUCUAGAGUUUUAAAAGAACAUAUAUAUGGAAGUAAUUUAAGUUGGAGAUAAAGGGAAACAAAUUCAGUCACAAAGUCAAACUAUUUUUCUAUUGGAGAAAAGACUUCUUAAGGAGUCAAUACAAUUUUAAGUUUAGUUAAUAUUGAAAGCACUCAAAUUAAAAGAGCUUCUAGUUAAAGAAGAAAUAAACGAAACUCAGAAAGUUUGUCAAUCUCUUUUAGUUCUAAAAUGGAUACAAACAGAAGUAAUUAAUGA